UGAAGAAAUUCAUUUAUUCAUUCAUAUUCUUAAAACAGUUAAUUUUAUAGUAGUUUUAUUUUUUGUGCAUGUAUAUGCGAGAUUUGUGUUUUCCUGUUUUUCAAAUCAGCCGUUAGAAAAACUUUUAUUCGCUUCGAACGAAAAACGAAAAGGAUUCGAAUUUCGAAUAUGAGUCAUUGAUCAAAUACUCACAAUUGUGUUAGAAUGAAAUUUUUGAUACUUCUAUACAUGAAAAUGCAUCAAACUUGACCGCAUAAGCUUAAUUUUCUAUGGAAUUAACAUAAGCGCAUUUGCACUUGCAUUUAAUGCAAUACGAACUGAAUAGAAAUACGCCGAGUUUGGCAAAUUUCAUUGCAUUGUGUUUCCUCAAUCCAAAUUCAACCAAAGCGCAACUAGUCUAGUCUUAAAAUUUUGCGGAAGUGUUUUUGUAUUUGAAGUGCCGUGAAUUUAUACAUGUCCGCAAAGGAAUUUCCUGAUGAAAAAAAUCAAUAAACAUUUGGUUUGAGUUGAUUCAAGACAGUUGUGUAAUCUACUGCGUUCGCUUGAAAAGCUAUCAUGGGAUGCUUUAAAAGUAAGAAAUUAAACAGUCGGACUUCUUACGUACCUCUCUCAAACGCACGUGAUGCAUCACCUAACUGCAGGUGUUCCUGUCACAGAAAAAAGGUUGUAGCUGGUUGUGAGCCUUCUUCAGUCAAUUAUGAAUUGAGAAGUCCUUCGCUAGUCAAAGGACCCGAUAAGAUCAGAAGAUCAAGAAGUUUAGAUAGGCAUCCGACAUUUGCAAUGGACAUCACGUACGUUACAGAGCGUAUAAUUGUAAUAACGUUUCCACAAACGGAAACUGAUGCCACGUACAAAAGCAAUCUGAAAGAAGUCACACGCAUGCUCAGGACUAAGCAUGGAACCAAUUACAUGGUAUUUAAUCUUUCAGAAAAACGCUACGAUCUUGCAAAAUUCAAUAACAGGGUGUUCGAAUUUGGAUGGCCCCCAAAUCUUGCGCCUCCUCUUGAAAGAUUAUGUAGUAUCUGCAAAUCUGUCGACUCUUGGCUCAACAGUGAUCCUCAAAAUAUAGCUGUCAUACACUCCAAGGGUGAUAAAGGGCGCGCAGGUGUUGUCAUCGCCGCAUACAUGCACUACAGUAACAUAUGCGCGAGCGCUGAUCAAGCCUUGGACAGGUUUGCCAUGAAGCAGUUCUUCGACGACAAAUUAGCAGAUUCUAUGCAACCUUCUCAGAAGAGAUACGUCCAUUACUUCGCGGGCCUUCUGUCAGGUGCAAUACGAAUGAAUAAUAACUCUCUCUUCCUUCAUCGUAUCAUUAUUCAUGGAGUGCCAAAUUUUGAUUCCCGGGGAGGUUGCAGGCCUUUCGUAAAAAUUUAUCAAGGGAUGCAGCAAAUUUAUACAUCUGGGGUCUAUUCAGCCACAGAGAAGUCACGAAAAAUCAUCAUCUCUUUGGAUGCUGGCUUGCAAGUACGAGGAGACGUGUUCAUCAAGUGCUAUCACAAGAGCAGCCGCCCUCUUGCGCGGUACACCAUCUUCCAGCUGCAGUUCCAUACUUGCACCAUAGACUCGAAUGAGGUGACCUUUGAGAAAGGAGAACUGGAUAAUGCAUGUACAGAUUCUCGCUUUACAGCAAAUGGAAAAGUUGAACUUUUGUUUUCUAGCCACCGGGAAGAUUUUAGAGGAAAUGGGUCUGUACAAGAUUCUACAAUGCCAGUGGAAAGUUCAAAUGAUCCAUUAGUAAAAUGGGAUUCUUAUGAAAACUUCGAUUUAGUCCCAGAAGAUAAUUUAGAUGAUGUUGGUUAUCUUGAUGGGAUUACAAAUGUUCUUUAUACAGAAGGGCCUUUGGAUGGUAGUUUGUAUGCUACUGUCACAAAGAAGAAAUACACAGAUGUAUUGAUCCAUCCCCAUUUGAACCAGGAUUCUUUUAAUGAUGUUGAAGGGCCUCAUAGUAUUGAUUCUGGAAUUUCAUCUAGCUCUGGCAUUCGUAAUGUUGAUAUCGAAAGCCACAAUCCAUCUGAACGCUCGACGUCAAGAACAACUCCAUAUUCAAAUUUCAAAGACGAACAAGCAGAAUUGGAUGAACUCGUCCAUGGAAUGUUGAAAGAAAUCCAAUCAAUUCCAGAUGCUCCUGUCUACAGCACUCUGAGGCCCUUUACUUCAUCAUUAAGCAGUCCAUCCCCUAAAAAUCAAAAUUUCUCUAGCAUAACUACAACCACAAUAGAAACUGAAAACUAUGCUACACCAAGAAGUACCUCUGUGCCAACAAGUAUCAUCAGUGUGAAUGGUAACAAACAAGUCUUCUCUGGCAGUAAUUAUAAACCAAUAGAGAGUGUGACAUAUUCUCAGAAGAGAGAAGUGUUUUUUGAUGAUGAAGAGAAUACACCGUACCAUGCACGAAAGUCAGCAUCCCCUUUCACAUACAGUGCACAGAGUCCAGUUGGUGAGAGAAAGAGACUUCUUUCGGAUGGACAUCAACCAUUAGGAACGUCUGAGAGGUACAGAGAUGGUCCUUCCUUCUCCUGGCUUCAGAGGCAGCAAGACAAGUUGAAAGCCCGUAAAGAAGGGCGUGGGUGGGAUGAUAGACAUCAGAAGGAGCAGCUUUUAUUGGAUGAAUUAAGACGAACACAGAAGAAACCACUCGCCAAUGGGGAAUCAUUUGAAGAUAUUAGUCUGGGAUUAGAUUUUUCAUCUUCCUCUCGAGAAACAUCUCCUUCAAAGGGCCUUAGCUACACUUUGCCUUUACAUGUACAUACAUACAAUGGUCAUACAUCUACUUCACAGACACAGCCUACUAAACCUCCUGUGUAUAGAAAUACCAGUGCCCCAUCCUCACCUAUUCUUCCUCAAAGAAGCAGUAGUAAAGAUGUCACUCGAUACAGAUACCCACAGUUUCAGAGUCAAAGUAAAACUCUUACCAGACAAAAUUCUGACACUUCAUAUGACCGGGAAAGACCUUUUGUUGCUACCAGGAAGGCCCAUCAACUGGCCAAAGAACAGAUUGCUAGCAAUCGUACUUCUCCUCACAAUGUAAUUGCAUCAUCAACAAUAUAUGGAAAUGUGUAUUCGCCUAAACCUGACUUUUCGGAUCCAGGGCUUCUAGGCUUAGCCAAUUCUGGAAAUAAACAGAAUACAACACCUGAUCCAAGUGCUGCCAAACUUGAUAAACUUGAAAGAACUCUUCAAGAGCUGUCAGUUUCCUCGAGUUCAACUAACAGUCCACGAGAUGCUCGUGGUUCACCUCUGCCUUAUCAGUCUACUCCUAACAAGGGUAGCUACACAAUUGAUGGUUCAUCUUGGUCACCAUCAGUCAUCGGAUCAAGCCCCCCUAGCAGUCCUUCCAGAAUGGAUAGACCUGUUACUCCAGCUUUCCCUGUACCCCCGGGAACACCCUAUCAAAAUCAAGAUCCAACGUGUUCAACUCUACCACCAAAGAGCCCUCUGCUGUCACGCUUCUCGCAAAGCUACAGAUUAGCUAUGAGGGAUACAUAUAAUAAAAUGAAUAGCCGUAGAUGGUCCUGUUUAAUUGAGUCAGACUGGACUAAGGAUCGUAGUCCAUCUCCUGCCACUCUACAGAACAUGCAUCAUGAUUUCUCUGCAAUGCAAAGGCCAAGCAGUACAAACGGUCAGAGUUCACCAAGUGUCUAUUAUGGUCAAUCGAGACCAUCAAGUAUGGUUUCCCUCAAUGAGUCUUCUGAAGUAAUUCAUCACCAUCCCAUGUUUGUGAAAGAUACAUCAAAAUACUGGUACAAGCCAAAUAUAUCUAGGGAAGAAGCUAUAAAUAUAUUGAAAGAUAAAGCUCCUGGAACUUUUAUUAUCAGAGAUAGUAAUUCUUUUCCUGGUGCAUAUGGCUUAGCCUUGAAAGUGGCCACACCUCCACCUAAUGUACCUAUUAAUAAAUCAGGAGAUCCAUCUAAUGAACUUGUUCGUCACUUUUUGAUUGAAACAACUUCAAAAGGUGUUCGUUUGAAAGGUUGCCAAAAUGAGCCAACAUUUGGAAGUCUGUCUGCUCUUGUUUAUCAGCAUUCAAUCACACCAUUGGCUUUGCCUUGCCGAUUGGUAUUGCCAGAACAAGAUUUGAUGCCAGAUGCUGAUGAACAAGCCAAAAAUAAUGACUCACUUUUAGAACAAGGAGCAGCCUGCACAGUUCUGUAUUUGACUUCCGUGGAGAUGGAAUCCCUGACAGGCCCUCAGGCUGUCAAGAAAGCUGUGACAGAAGCAUUAGCCAAGAAACCUCUACCUUCCGCAGUUCCAGUGCACUUCAAAGUAUCCAACCAAGGAAUCACUCUGACAGACAAUACAAGGAAAUUAUUCUUCAGACGUCAUUACCCAGUGAAAUCAAUUAGCCAUUGUGGAUUGGACUUGGAAGGUCGCAAAUGGACCCAAACAAAUGAGGAUGGUGUGCCUAUCAAUACAUGUCGAAUUUUUGGAUUUGUGGCUCGAAAACCAACCAGCCAGACAGACAACCAAUGCCAUCUUUUUGCUGAACAUGAUGCCGACCAGCCAGCAAGUGCAAUUGUCCACUUUGUAACCAAAGUCAUGAUGACUGAAACACCACAAACAUCACAGAUGGUUUGAGAAGGGAGCUAACUUUCUAUUUGGGAAACUAUAUUUUUAACGCAAUCUUCUUGCUUAUUGUGAAAAUUGAAUACAUACUGGAUAAGUCAAAAUGUUUUAAUAGACAUUGUACAGAUAUAACCCAUUAAAAGAUGGUUUUAUAAGGCUUAUAUUCAAUGAAGAUGUACUAAUUUUGUUUUUGAGCAACUAUUUUGGAAUGUUAUUUGGUAAAUGUUUUGCCAAUGUAAUGCUUAAGAAAGGCAGCUGUGUUAAUUGUAUAUUAUUAUAUAUUAUAACAAUAUUGCAGACAAACCUAACAUUGGGUUUCCCCCCCAAAUAUUUCAUUUGAAAUAUGCAAAUGCCAAAACAAUUAAUUUACUAAUGCACAUUGUUGAGGAGAAUAAUGUGACAUUUUAUUUCUGUUUCUAUAAUAAUGUAAAAAAAUAAGUUACAAAUUGUGUAAUUAUUUGUGCAUUUAAAAGAAACAAUUUUAGAUUCAGUUCAGAAACUUGUAUGCAUUUGAUGUUUUGCAGCUUUGUCCAUACAGAUUUUGAUAGUUUUUGCUUGAAUUUAAAGCUGUAGAUUGUUAAUAAAGCUUGUGAAUAAUACUAAAUACUAUGUUUAUUUGUAACAUGAGUAAUAAACAUUUGCUAAAACUGU